GAGCAUUAAAAAAAAAAAAUUCAAUUUUGGGUAGAGAGUCCCUCCCUAACGUUCUAUUGAUUUUUCUUUCCCCUAAAAGCCCAAAAAGCGUUGAAGCCCAGCCCUUUAACUUUGCUUAAUUGUUGAGCUGAGAUCUAUAUUAAGUAUAUAAUUUUAAGAAAAAAAUAAUUCAAAUAGGGAAAUUAGGGAUUUCAUUGCAACUCUCUCAGUUUCUCCUCCUUUUCGAAGAAAUUGCUGCGACUAGAGAGCUCCAUAAAUAAACGCUUCUGGUUUUACACUGAAUAAUUUCAGUGUGCAAUCGGGUUUGUCAGAUAAAAUAUUCAGCUUUAUACUCUCAAUCGCUCUUCUCUUCUUGCAGGCUGAAAAAGAGUUCUCGUUUUUUUCCCCUUCUUCUCUGCUUCUUUCUUUCUAACCAUCCAUAAAUCACUCAGUUACACUCUGAAAUUUAUCUAAAGGCUCUUAUGGAUCUUGAGACGGAAAACAGAAUAGCUGCAAUUCUUUUAAAAGAAGCAGCAGAAUUGCGGCGACAAGCUGAGAGCGAAGGUGUGCAUGUCUAUCUUCAAAAACCUAAAGCUAGGGGUCGGCCGAAUUCUCGAUUCCUCACAGCAACAGUUCUUGGGGUACAGCAAGCAAAUCGAGCAGUCGAGGUCAAUGAGAUGUGGCGAGUUCGGCAGAAAGAGAUUGAGCUUGAUGAUAGGCUUAAAGAUAGAUCAAGACAUGAAAAUAGCAGCAGCAGUAAUCGUAGGGAAAUUGUCAACUCCCCUAGAAGCGGAAGUACAAGGCAUGCUGUAAAUGAUAACAACACUAUUGCUUCAUGUUCCUCAAGCAAAAGGGCAUCUGACUGCUAUUCUAGAGAAGAUGAAGGUUUAAGGGAUGAAGAGGUUGAGGAAUUUUUGAAUUCAAGGGUCAAGCGUGGUCGCGGUGCAGUAGGUUCAAGGAUGGACGAAACAGGUCCUUAUCUUCCUUCUAGUCCAGAAUCCAAGGAAAAGCCAUCCACGAGCCUAGCCUUGCGGGAACAUCGCAUCAUUUUAGGUCCAGAGAGGCCUUUAUCAUUGAUAUCUUAUGAUCCUUCAGAAGAGGAGCUCGAUAGGGAUAGGCAGAAGAAGGCCAAGAAGGUUCACUCGAGGAGUUCAGAUAAGCACUCUAAGAAACACAGAACAAAGGAAAAAUCUAGAGAUAAGAAAAAGAGUAGGAAGGAGAAGAGGAGAUAGCACUAGUAUGCACUCUUGUUUCCACAUAAUUUACAGGUUAAUUGUGAUGAAUUUGUACAACAAUACAUUAUUCUUGUUUUGUAUAGUUGUGAUGACUAACUAAAUCCAAGAUUAUUUGCGCCUGAAUUGUUACUAAUGCAAUUAUUUUUGUAUUGUCGUUAUGUUUGCAAA